CUUCGAGGGCUUUUUCCGCUUUCCCCUUUGGGCCGCCGCUGCGCUUCCUGCUCGUCUUCCGCAUCGUUCUGGUGGCUAUGGCGCCUCUGGGUUACCCGCGCUUGCUCCUCCGAGCCUCGGCCCGGGCAGCCUGGGGAGGGGACGGCUGCGGCUGCCGACACCUGCCGAGGGCUGCGCGGCGGCUGCACCUGACGGCCCCCAGGGACGAAGCAGUUGUCAUCUCUGGACAGAAACUGGCCCGGCAGAUUAGGCGGGAAGCCUGUCACGAAGUAGAACAAUGGGUUGCUGCUGGCCACAAGAGGCCCCAUCUCAGCGUAGUUCUAGUGGGAGAAAAUCCUGCCAGCCAUUCCUAUGUGCUGAACAAGACCCGAGCAGCUGCUGACGUGGGAAUUAGUAGUGAGACCAUUCUGAAACCGGCCUCUGUCACAGAAGAGGAGCUGCUUGAUUUAAUUGUCAAAUUAAAUCACGAUACCAAUGUCGAUGGCUUGCUUGUGCAACUUCCUUUACCAGAGCAUAUUGACGAGCGAAAGAUCUGCAACGCUGUGAACCCUGAAAAGGAUGUGGAUGGAUUCCACGUGGUGAAUGUAGGCCGCAUGUGCUUGGACCAAUAUUCCAUGUUGCCUGCCACACCUUGGGGCGUGUGGGAAAUCAUCAAGAGGACAGGGAUUCCAACCCUGGGCAAGAACGUGGUGGUGGCCGGGCGAUCCAAGAACGUUGGCAUGCCCAUCGCAAUGCUUCUCCACACAGAUGGACGGCACGAGCGCCCAGGAGGGGAUGCAACAGUAACAAUUUCUCACCGCUAUACUCCAAAAGAGCAGCUCAAACAGCACACCAUCCUUGCUGAUAUUGUGGUUGCAGCUGCAGGCAUUCCCAAUCUGAUUACAGCUGAUAUGAUCAAAGAAGGAGCUGCUGUAAUUGAUGUUGGCAUAAACAGAAUCCAGGAUCCUGUCACUGCCAAGCCAAAACUUGUUGGAGAUGUGGAUUUUGAAGGAGUCAAGCAGAAAGCCAGUUACAUCACGCCAGUUCCUGGUGGGGUUGGCCCCAUGACUGUUGCUAUGCUUAUGAAAAACACCAUUAUUGCUGCCAAGAAAAUGCUGAGAGCCCAGCAUCUUGAAACCUUUAGUGCUUGAUGAUGGACUUCUUGUGGCCAAAAGUGACAUUCCAGAUUGCCUCCCUAGAAGCAAUGCCGUAUUUAUUUAUUCGAUGAAAUGUUUUGGCCAGCUCUGCAAUAUUUAUAUAAAGCAAUUUUCCUCUCAGGCAGAGUAGCUCCUGUCAGUUGUACACAUGAUUCCUACCUUUUAAACUGCUAUUCUGAAAUACAGAAAACGAGAUCACAACUUGAAUGGGAAAGUUGAUUCCUCACUCUUAGGCAGUCUGAAAGAGUAACAAAGGGCCAAAAUGUGUUUUUAUAGUAGAAAUAUAUACACUUGAACUGACUAACCUUGGCUGAACCCAGGAUAUAAAUUAUUUGUUAGGAUUAUAUUGCAGCUAAUCUGGAGUCAAAAGUUACUAUUUUCUACAAAGCCAUAUUUAUAUUUAAUAAUGCUUAGCAAAGCAGUUGAUAGCCUAUUCAAUACUCAGUUUUUUCCUGUUUUAAAGGAAGAAUUGGCUUGAAAGCUAGGCGACGCUUAGACAAAAUAAGGUGAGCUCUCCAUGCUUAUUCCAACUUGCUUGUGUUUAUCUGAGCAAGGAGUAAUAUUGCUGGAUGUAUCUGAAUAAAAAUAAUUGUUACUUGCUUGUAAA